CUUGUGUUCUCGACAGCUGUUGGCGUCUUUCAAUGGCACCGUCCCAUCUGCCACUCAACACUCCCUCCGCCGGUGCCAAAGACGCUCGGACAGAGGUGCUUUUGACUCCUCUUGGUACUGGGUGGUCGGGCCCAGUCUUUAUUAUGUGCCAUGUUGUCCCCUCCAGCUGUGGUUCUGCACCCCUACAGCCUGCCUGUCUACCCUCCGGCACCCCAAUGUUACUCCGGGCUGGUUCAGGGUAGUCCGGAUGCCGCAGUGCCACCAGCGGAUGCCAUGACACAGACGUUCCCAGCUCAGUACCCUCCGCCACCACCCCAGGCCCGGCUGCCUCCACAGUACCAUCUCCACAGCACCCCUUCAGAGUACCCGUCCCCCACAGCAUCGGAUCACAGCCUACGCAUCUUUCCUGAGCAGGGGCCGGCUGCGCCAGAGGCCUUACCACUGCCCCCACCUCCUGCGCCAGAAGAGGUCCCGGCCCCUGAGCUGUCUCCUGAGGCAGAGGAAGCAGAAAACGGCGAGAACAAGGCCCAGCCCAAACGCCUCCAUGUGUCGAACAUCCCCUUCCGCUUCCGGGAUCCAGACCUGCGGCAGAUGUUUGGACAAUUUGGGAAAAUCCUGGAUGUGGAGAUCAUCUUCAACGAGCGUGGCUCUAAGGGCUUUGGCUUUGUCACCUUUGAAAACAGCCAGGAUGCUGACCGGGCACGGGAGAAGCUAAAUAGCAGCAUUGUGGAAGGGAGGAAGAUUGAGGUCAACAACGCCACUGCCCGUUUGGUCACCAAGAAGCCCCCAGCAGCACCUGUGAUGAAUGGAUGGAAGAUCAAUCCUGUCGUUGGGGCCGUCUACGCUCCUGACCUGUACACGGUGGCAAGCAUCCCUUACCCCAUGAUGGCACCGGCUGCCCUGGCCUAUCGCGGGGCCCUGCGGGGGAGGGGCCGAGCUGCCAUCUAUAAUCCCAUCCGAGCGGCACCCGCCCCCUCUCCAGUUCCAGCCUAUGGCAGCGUACUCUAUCCUGAGGGUCUGUACGGUUCUGAUCUCUACGGCUACCCUGCAGCUUACAGAGUGGCCCAGACGCCAGCAGCAGCAGCUGCAACAGCAGCAGCAGCUUAUAGUGAUGGGUAUGGACGGGUCUACACUACUGCCGAGCCCUACCACCACGCAGUGACGCCCGCCUAUGGAGUCGGUGCCAUGCUUGUACCGAGGAGGAUGCAACCGCUUCACUCCAUACUGAAGGACCAAGCGCUGGUGCUGAGCAAGUCGGAGGCGCCUGUGAGCUGAUGGCACAGAUGGUGGGACCCGGCGCUGAGAACUUUGUGUGUGUGUGUGUGUGUGUGUGUGUGUGUGUGUGUGUGAGUGAGAGAGAGAAAGACAGGCAGGGAGGGGCUUGGCUCAGAUACCUCACAACCAGUAAUACACUUGACACUGGAGAUAGCUCAGGAGUUCCCCGUGGCCCCUGUGGACAGCUCAGGAGUUUCCCAUGGAUCCCAUAACAACCUUCAGCAUGACUCUCAAUUCUGGUCUCUCCUGCGUUUUGCUGUCAGACCGAGGCCAGUGGUUGGAUGGCAAACCAAAUUCAGAUGCAGAACAAACUGAAAACAUGCAGUCCCAGCUCCUGUAGGUUUCAGGAAUUGGGAUCGCCAAUUCCUAUGAUGGGG